CAAAGUGUUCACCUCCCCACCCUUCUCCACUCUCGCAGUUCCCCCUUUCCAUCUCCCUCAUUUGGCUUCAGCCAGAGUGCAUCCGCGGUGGGAUCUUAUUUUGGGGGUCAGCUUUGAUGUUCGUUUUUGUACUUUGCCUCCAUGAUGUUAGGUGCAGUGAAGAUGGAAGGACACGAAGCAUCUGAGUGGAGCAAUUACUACGGAGAACCACAAGAGGCCUACUCGACGAUGCCGGUAAACGGCAUGAACCCGGGAUUGGGCACCACCUACAUGGGCAUGAACAGUAUGGGCUCCGGCGGCAACAUGACCGCCGGCUCCUUCAACAUGUCCUACGGGAACCCGGCCAUCGGCGCCGGCCUCGGCUCCCCCGGCAUGGGCGGAGGGCCAGCCGGCAUGGGCGCCGGCAUGACAACCAUCAGCCCCGGCUUGAACGCACAGCAGAGCUCCCUGAACGGCCUGAGCCCUUACCCGGGGAUGAGCUCCAUGUCUUACCCGCAGGGCAACGUGAGCCGGCCCCGGGACGCCAAGAGCCUGCGGCGUUCCUACCCUCACGCCAAGCCGCCUUACUCCUACAUCUCACUCAUCACCAUGGCCAUACAGCAAGCGCCGAGCAAGAUGCUGACCCUGAGCGAAAUCUACCAGUGGAUCAUGGAACUCUUCCCCUACUACAGGCAGAACCAACAGCGCUGGCAGAACUCCAUCCGACACUCGCUCUCCUUCAACGACUGCUUCAUCAAAGUGGCCCGCUCGCCCGACAAGCCGGGCAAGGGGUCAUACUGGAGCUUGCACCCGGACUCGGGCAACAUGUUCGAGAACGGCUGCUACCUGCGGCGCCAGAAGCGCUUCAAAUGUGACAAGAAACCGUCAAUGAAAGGGGGUCCGGACGGCGCGAGGAAGGAGGAGGAGGAGCAGGAAGGGGAAUCCGGUUCGCCGUUGCCUGGGGGGAACAACAGCAUGAGCCGGGCCGAGCCCAACCCGGACACGGCGCCUCGCCUGGAGCUGAAGUGCCAGGCUCAGGUGGUGAGCUCGGCUCCGGUCCUCAGCGCAGCGCUGGAGCCGCUACCACACCCGCUGUCGCUGGGCCAGCUACCGGCGGUCGAGCCGCACCACAUGCACCCGCUGAAGGCGGACCCACACUUCUCCUUCAACCACCCCUUCUCCAUCAACAACCUCAUGUCGUCCGAGCAGCAGCACCAUCAUCACAAGAUGGACCUGAAGGCUUACGAGCAAGCGAUGCACUACUCCAGCUACGGUGGAGGCAUGUCCAGCGGGCUGCCCCUUGCCUCCAUGGGCAAGGGCGGCAUGGACCCCUUGGUGCUGGCCAGCGAAGCUUCAUACUACCAAGGUGUGUAUUCCAGGCCCGUCCUCAACACUUCCUAGUCACGAAGCUAACCCCCCACCCCCACCCCCCACCCGCAAAGUCAAUAAAACUUCUCCCUAACUGGGAUCGCUGCAAAAUGCAUCUUCUGUGCAGAGACUGUUACUUUGUAACCUGUACAUGUGUAGAAACUGUGGAAGUAUAAAGUAGCUGCAAACGUUAAAUCACAAUUGUACAUUUCACAAAGUCAGACACCUGCAGCAUGUUUUUAAUUUUUUUUUGUUUUGGAAACGUGCUGUAAGAUUUCUAGAAUCGGUUAUGUUAUGUUCUCCGCGUCUGCUCAAUGUUCCCCGUGGCUGCACACAAAGUCAUUGCAAGACUUGAAAAGAUGAAAAGGUGGUGGUAUCUAAAUUAAAACCAGCCUGCUUGGAGAAAAAUAGCUAUGUUCAUUUUAUGAAACCGCUGUUCCCCACAGCCUUUCCGGACGUUGUACAGUUUUAAUGAAACUCGGCUCAUUUUGCAUGACCAUUUCAACAUUGGCGAACAUUUUUUUAAAGCGGGUUUAUUGUAAAAAUGAACCAAAUGUUACCUGCAUCAGGAACCUCGAAAAGUUACCUUUUUAUCGUUCCACAAUGACUUUUGACUUUUAUUUCUACUUGGUGUUCAUGCACUUUCCCCCUCGUUUUUAGCUGUCUAGAAAUGUCGGUGUUAGUACACAGCCAGGCGGUCUCUCGCAGCUUGUCUCAAUGUGCCUAAUUUAUUGCAUGGUCAACUCUAGGUCCUUCAUAGUUUUAAGUUGUUUAAAAAAAUAAUAAUACAAAUGGAAUUUAAGGAGUUGUUAAUUUUGUAUUUGUAAUUCUAUGAAAACGAAUAAAAUUAUUUUGAUUUGAUGAGAAAAUAAAAAGUUAAUUCGCAAAAACUUGUCAUUUGUUAUUAGAUUAGUCACCAUUAAGUGUGCUUAUUUUUUAAUAAUUGAUAAUUAUUUCUUGUGUAUAAUACAAUUCAGCACGUCACGACAAGCGAGCGAUUUAUUUUGAUUGGUAGAUCUUUUAGAUCAGAAGUUUCAGCGACAAUGUCCAUAAUUAUAACAACGGGCGUGUCAGUCUUUCUGAACAUAACAGGGGUCAGACAUCAGGUAGAUUUUAAAUGUUUAUCCAGUGGCCACAUGCACUAAAUAAUAUUUCAUUAAUUCUGCAAGGACGGUCUUUAAUUAUGAGCAGAUUAAUUUUCAAGUACAGCAGUUAAAGGUUCCCAGGCACUGGAAAAAAAUGUUUACGCCACUGACUUUGUGUUUGAACUCCUUCAACCCUGGUUCGACAAUUCAGAUGCUCAGUUUCCCAUCUUCGAAUUUAUAUAUUUUAAAACGCAGAACUACUAGAAUAUGUAUGUAGCGAAUCAAAUCGCAGCAAAAUAGUUAAAAGAAACACGAAAAAACAACGGAUAUUACAACACAUUUCAUUUAUUUAAAACAGAUCUGGAGUUGGUGUCCAAGCGAUCACCAAAUCUUCCAUUCAAGUCAAGUAUUCUAUGUAUUUGUGUAACGCCCGCUUAUCAGGCAGCCGCUACACACGUUAAUGUGUUGCCAAGUGUGAACUGCUGCCGCUGUCCUGUCUCUGUGAUAUCGCGCAAAACACAGACCCUGAAAAUAUAUCGUUAUAAUUAUAUUUCAUAUUGACAAUUAUUUAACUGAUGUGGGUUUAAAAAUAAAUAUUUUAAUGCAUGGUCUAUUUAUUUAUUUUUUUUGGGGGGGGAUCUCCAUCAAAAAUGCUUGUCUGUGUUUUUGUGUGUUAAAAAUUAACAGCGACUUUGUUAGCAAAACAGUUCAGAAUUUUGAAUUAAAACCCCCAUUGUCAUAACGGAUAAAUGACAAAGCCUGUGCGGAACAAUUAACAAAACUGUAUAUAUAGAGGGAGAAAUAAAUAUUCGCAGGGUUGUUUUUCUUUGUCACGCUGGGAAACAAAUAUGAAGUAUUGUUUAAUACAAUUGCAACAAUAUGUAACAGAAUUGCAUUUCUUUGUACUCGGGCACAAAACACUUUGUAAUUUCGAUUCACACAAGUGGGCUUUGGACAUGAAUAGCUUUCGCUUUGAUCAUUGAUCACUGGUGGGACACACACAUUGUCAGAGUAACCGUGAAAUUAUUUUAAUUAUCGUGUAAUUGCCCCCUGAUGAGUGAAAAGAUGUGGUGCGAAAUUGAGAAGAGGGUGUAGCGAAUUCGCUGAAUAUCCAAGAGUUGCAUCAGCAACGUGAGCGUUGCUAAAUUGGCAGUUUAUUUCCUUUACAAACGGGCCCAAGUGAAUUAUGAUAUUUCGAAGACUAAUUUGAAAUAUAUAUUUUAUGACAAUCUCGUCAAAUGUUUCAACCAAAUCCGUAAAAACUGCAGAAAAAUGCCCAGAUUAUAUUUUGAUCACCAAAAUCGAUUCAACAAAAUUAAAUACUUUUACAGAAAAACGGGUUCCGAAAGAAAAAAUAUACCGCCACGAAAGAUAAAAUCAGAUAUCUGUUAUUUUUCUUAGUAUUAAUAUUUGAACCAAUUAUCAAAUUAUGGCUGGAUAUGGAGUUUAUUGGGAAAGGUUCCAUUACAUUAAGAUUCUACUGCGCGUCUAGUUUCCAUUGUUCAAUGUUGAACCACAGGCCAGAUAUGUGUAGGGUUGUACAGUGUACUGAAAUGGCCCCUUUUAAUCAAAACGCCACUGACAGCAAAUGUUGUCGGGUUUUACCCGUGCGGUGUCUCGUGUGUGUUCAAACCGGACUAUAUUUAUUUUAAUAAAUUUGCUUUUAGAAAUAGCAUUGUUUUUAAAUGGUAAAUAAACACAUUUUCAACUGUGCAACUUUUCUAGAAAAGACUUAGCACGCCAGCUUACUGUGAUAAGCCAGUAACUAGUGAAAUCCUGGCAGUGAGGUCUCCUCCAUCUGUUGUGAUACCGGGAGUUAAUGUUCCUACAUUUGCUUUCCACUUUUGUUGGUGCCAUAAUUUAAAAAUUUGGUGAGAGCAUAUUAGCAGGAGCAACAACAGUAAAUAUAGCAGACCAGCCUGUGAACUAUUUUAGCAUUCGCUUCUGAUAUCAUCAGAAUACCCCGUCCAAAUAACUUCAGAAGAAAUUGCGAUGACCGUUCCUGAAUUCUUUUCAAUGGUAAAUAUGUAAGAAGGAUCAAUCUCGUUUGACAGUCCGAUGUAAUAUUGAAUUGUACAAGCACAGGUUGUUUUCUUUGGUGCUAGAGUCAAUAGAACAAACUAGCGUUCAGGCAAAGUAAGGAAAACCCUUAAGAACUCAACCCCCCUCCCCUCCCCCACUUCCAGCAGCAAGAGCCGAUAGUUUUCAUUACACAAUAAGGCGAGGUGCCUUUUGC